CGUUUUAUUCCCUGUUUUUUUUUUAAAUGAAACGCUGUCCGGGACAGCGUUUCAUGGCCAUAUAUGUUCACUUCAGCAGAAUGCGCAAGAACUCAACCUCAACGCUUUCCCUCCUCCCUCUCACACUAAACCACGACCGUACUCAAACACCCGCAUUGCCGCCGCCGCCCACCCUUGCGCCACCGCUGCUGCCGCCACCUUGCUGCUGCCCUCCUCCCUCUCACACUCACUCACUCAAUUUCGUGAUACGAUGGACGGUGAAGAUCGUACGCCUGGACCCGUUGACCCUUCUGUGCUUACACUACAGGGCACACACCGCAGCGUUGCCGUAUGGGAUCAGACGGUUGAUCCGGCAAAGCAGCUCGUUUGCAGGCAUUACACCACCAGGUUCAUGGUGGGGUGGGGAAUCGAUCCUCGCGUUUUGGCGUACGUCGAGUUUGUCGGUUUAGGUGGUUUUCACCGUAUGGCGUAUAGGGAGAUCGAUCGAGCGCUUGUCACUGCGCUUGCGGAGAGGUGGAGACAGGAGACGCACUCCUUCCACCUACCUGUUGGUGAGACGACCGUUACGUUACGGGACGUGGCGAUUCUUACGCGCCUUCCAGUACAUGGGUCUGCGGUGACAGGACACGCGUUAGUCGAUCCCGUCGGUUUGGUUGGUCGGGUACUUGGUGUCCAGCCAGGUCCCGCCGAUAUUAGGGGAUCCGGGUUGAGGACCGGCUGGGUCCGUGAGACUUUCCGUGAGCUACCACCAGGGGCUGAUGACGCCCAGGUUCAGAGAUACGCCCGGGCGUACUUGUUCUUCCUCAUCUCGGGCGUGUUGUUCGGGAAUAAGAGCGGGAGCCAUCUCCAGCUCAUUUACAUGCAGCUGUUGGACCACGACUGGGAUCAUAUCCGAGGCUACAGCUGGGGUAGCGCCUGUCUGGCGACGUUGUAUCGCCAGCUGUGCAGAGCAUCCCACGUAGGUGCUAACGAGAUUGGAGGUCCCCUGAUUGUCCUCCAGUUCUGGGCUUGGGAGCAUAUCCAUGUAGGCAGACCAGGCAGACCUGCGAUACACCGUCGGGGGGAGCAGGACCAGGACGACCAGUACCAGGCGUACGAUGCUCCCCCGCUCCCUACACCGGAUGAGGCAUAUGGUUGCAGGUGGGUGGUACCCAGGCUGACACAUGCUCAUGCGGCGAGGGGUCUUCCGUAUUACCGAGACGCCCUAGACCGACUCACCGAGGACCAGGUGACAUGGGACCCGUAUGUACCUGACUUGGUAGAUGCCAUGCCUCCACAUCUGCUAGACCAUCAGGCGGAGUGGCGUGCUAGGGUCCCCCUGAUCUGUUUCGAGGUUGUGGAGAGUCACCUGCCCGACCGAGUCAUGAGGCAGUUUGGACUACGCCAGACUAUCCCAUAG